GUUAUUUCAAAGACAACUGAGAGCCAGUUGAAACUCGCUGUCUGACGUCCAGAAGCGUUCAACUCUUUAUUUAUUUCUCCAUCCUGCUGGUGUUUGGUGACCAUCACAUUCCUUUAACAGCAGAUCAGGACAUCAGUGAACUGAAGUGCAAGGCUUCAGAAGUUCGGGACGGGUCACAGGGCAGUCUACUGAUGUCAGGCCAAAUCAGGUCUGCCAGUCAUGCGGACUGUCAGGUCACUGAGGAAUGCCAAGUUCCAGCUGACGUGGAGCUGAGGGAACUGGGUCCCCUUCUGAAGGAGAAUGGGCCCCUUGGAGCCGCAGAACUCCAGUCAGAGGGAGAAAGUGGUCAUGCAGACGAUGAAGAGGAGGAGGAUGAUGAAGAGGGAGAGGUUCUGACCCUACCACUGCAGGCUCACCAUGCAAUGGAGAAGAUGGAGGAGUUUGUACACAAGGUCUGGGAAGGCCGCUGGAGGGUCAUUCCCUUUCACGUCCUUCCGGAGUGGCUAAAAGACAAUGACUACCUCCUGCAUGGUCAUCGGCCUCCCAUGCCCUCCUUCCGUGCCUGCUUUAGGAGCAUUUUUAGAAUUCACACAGAGACCGGGAAUAUCUGGACUCAUUUGUUGGGGUUAAUCCUAUUCUUGUGCCUGGGGACACUUACCAUGCUGAGGCCCAAUAUGUACUUCAUGGCCCCCUUGCAGGAGAAGGUGGUGUUUGGCAUGUUCUUCUUGGGUGCAGUGCUGUGCCUCAGCUUCUCCUGGCUUUUUCACACUGUCUACUGCCAUUCUGAGAAAGUGUCUCGCACUUUCUCCAAACUAGACUAUUCCGGCAUUGCUCUGCUGAUCAUGGGCUCUUUUGUGCCCUGGCUUUACUACUCCUUCUACUGCUCUCCUCAGCCACGUCUCAUCUACCUCACAAUCGUCUGUGUGCUGGGCAUUGCAGCUAUCGUUGUCGCCCAGUGGGACCGCUUCUCCACGCCCCGCCACAGGCCCACCAGAGCAGGAGUUUUCAUGGGUCUUGGACUGAGUGGGAUUGUCCCCACCAUGCACUUCACCAUAGAGGAGGGUUUUGUCAAGGCCACUACAGUUGGACAGAUGGGCUGGUUCUAUUUAAUGGGCGCCAUGUACAUCACAGGUGCCGGGCUGUAUGCUGCACGAAUCCCAGAGCGCUAUUUCCCGGGCAAGUGUGAUAUUUGGUUUCAGUCACACCAGAUAUUCCAUGUGCUGGUGGUGGCAGCAGCCUUUAUUCAUUUCUAUGGGGUCUCCAACCUGCAGGAGUUCCGCUAUGGCCUUGAGGGAGGCUGCACUGAUGACACUCUUCUCUGAGGGCUCCGACCCACACACCCAGCCCUAUUUGAAUUAGGAUUUCAGUGCCCCCAUUAAUCAAAAUAAUCCUUAUUUUUUUAUUCUGUUACAGUGUAUGAGCAAUGCAUGGGUGUAAGGAUAGGGUUAAACAAAAAACGGAUUUCUUUUGAUGAAAGUGUUCGUGUGUGGUGAAAGAGCACCAUAUGUUGAACAAGUAUCUUACAGCUGGAACAUGACCCUUGUCAUCAUUGAACUUUUAAUUUGAGAACAAUCUCUUGGGUUUAACGUGUUUCUUUUGAAGUGCAAAGCACUUUUCAAUGAGUUGUAGAAAAGACUUCUCAUAACAUAAUGCAUCAAAGUGGUGUUUUUCAAAUUACAGGAGGAAAUUAUCUUUUCUUGACACCAUUUGAUGCACACCCAAAGUAUUGCCCGAAUUUCACUGAUAGAACAAUAUCUUUGUCAUUGUUUUUAUUCAUACUGACUGGAAAACGCACAAAGGGCAAAUAAGGGGUUUGAGGGUUUCAGGCAAAAUCUACAUGCUUUGAACAUAUUCACAAUUUUUUACUUCUAGGUCAAAUGAAAAUAUAAACAGGUCAACUGUUACACCUUACAGCACAGUCUAUUAACAAUACAUUUUCCUGUAAAGUAUAUAAGUAUUCCUGUGCCUUAGGCCACUGGAAAUAGGUUAUAUAUAUGGGCCAAAACUACAGUGUAGUCAAUUUCAUAAAUUGCAAAUAGCUAGUGAUUUUCCUUUGCAAGCAAUCCAUUCAAUUUAAAAAGGUUAAAAAACCUAAAUAACAUGUUUGACCUUCAUUGAGGAACUUUCUCAGACUGCUGUUUGUAAAAAGUAGUGUUUUAUCCUUUUUAAACAAGCUAACUGUGUGGCUUUACCACAAAGAAUAAACAAUCCAUAUAUCCAUGUGUUAUGUGUAGAGGUGGUAAAUCAUUUACAUUUAAAUGAAAUGUGAAAUGUUCAAUAAAUAUUUAUGGACCACACCUUAAGUUUCAUUUAUUUAAUUGAUGUUUUUAUAAAGUGGAGAUUACAUCUACUUAUUUUUAUUUGUGUUUAUAUAUUAAAGGGAUAGUUCAACCAAAAAUGAAAAUUCUC